AUGAUUGAGAGUACUAGCACGGUCAAACAAAGAAAAGUUGACCUUCCAGCAGAAGCACCGAAAAAAGAUGUCGACGAAGAGUCAACAGAGAAAACGAGUCCACCAGGAACCCCCGAAGAACAACAAGGCCUAGUUUCACGGUUUGGCUCAGGUCUUUGGAACUACUCUUCGAGCAUCGUUCAUGGAGGAGCACAUCUUGGGUAUUCAGCUAUCUCGGGCACGGCAAAUAUUGCUUAUUCGGGAACAGCUGCUGUUGCCGGCGCUGGGUGGAGCGCCACGAAAUGGACUGGCGGUCUCGUCGGAGGUGCUGUUGGAAGCGCUACUGGUGCAGUUGUUGGUGCAGCCACCAAAAUCCCAGGAGUAAAGACAGUUGGUGGUGCUGUUGGUGGUGUUGUUGGGACUGUUGGUGGUGCCGCUGUCGGUGCUGUCGGUACUGUGGCAACAACUAUCGGAGGUGCCGCCGUGUCUGCUGGGGGAAAAGUUGUAUCCACCGUCAGUGCUCCAGUAGUGUCAGUGGCAAAGUCAGCUAUCGAGUCUGUUGGCCCCACCAAAAAAGCAAAAGACGAAUGA